CCUCUUGACUCGUACUCUCCUCCUUCCUCCCGUUUUCCUUCCGCUUCCAUCGAAAUCCCACUGUUGAACACAGGAGAAGAAGAAGCCCCGGAAGCUGUAGAACGAAAUCUUCAGCCAUGUCGGACGAGGAGCAUCACUUUGAAUCCAAGGCCGACGCCGGAGCCUCCAAGACCUACCCACAACAGGCCGGAACUAUCCGGAAGAACGGCUACAUCGUCAUCAAGAACCGUCCAUGCAAGGUGGUUGAGGUUUCAACUUCUAAGACAGGAAAGCACGGGCAUGCUAAGUGUCACUUUGUUGGAAUCGACAUCUUCACUGCCAAGAAGCUCGAAGAUAUCGUUCCUUCAUCCCACAAUUGUGAUGUGCCCCAUGUUAAUCGUACUGAUUAUCAGCUGAUUGAUAUCUCUGAGGAUGGAUUUGUGAGUCUUUUAACUGACAGUGGUGACACCAAGGAUGAUUUGAGGCUUCCAACUGAUGAUAACCUUCUCAAACAGAUUAAGGAGGGAUUUGCUGAAGGAAAGGACCUUGUCGUGUCGGUGAUGUCUGCCAUGGGAGAGGAACAAAUUUGUGCCCUGAAGGAUAUAGGCCCGAAGAAUUAGGUCUCUUGCACAAAGUUAAGUUGUGGUCAACUGCUUUUUAUCGCCGAAUUCCUCGAUUGUAUCUGUUAACGCAUCACUCUUCUCCCUUCCUCCCUUCUCUCUCUCACCUUCUGGCCCAGGAUGUAUCGUUGGUUCGUGCAUCAUUACUGUGUUUUAUGUUGUGUUAUUUUAUGAUAUUGGGUGUAAUGUUAUUGGGUUUUUGGAUGCUUACUUUGAUAAUCGAAGUGAAUAAUUUUUGCAAA